UUUCGGAUCCUGACUGGGAGUUUGAAUGGUAUUUACAUAAAACAAAUCUAUCCGAGACACACAUGAACGUUUUACCUGCAUGGAAGAACUAUGUUACAGGCAGUGGGAUUGUAGUAGGAGUUGUAGAUGGCGGUGUGUUUAAUCACCCAGAUUUAAAUCUGGACCCGAAUUUGACGUUUCGUCCCUUUGAAGACUCCACAUAUGACAAAAGCCACGGAACGAACGUUGCUGGUGUAAUUGCUGCCAGAAAAAAUGACAUUUUUGGAAUAGGAGUAGCAUUUGAAGCAAUCAUUGCAGAUAUAAGAUUACUUAACAACCAUCUGACACCUCAAAUAAUGAAGGAUGCUUUAACACAUCGUUUGGAUAGUAUCCAUAUUUUUUCUAACAGUUACACAAACUAUGGUAAUGGCAUGUCAAUUCACCAUUUACAUAAAGAAGUUGAACAAGCUCUUCAAGUUGGAACGUCACGUGGCAGAGGAGGACAAGGUACGAUAUAUGUUUGGUCUACAGGGAAUUACGGAGGUGAUGGUUUUCUCCGAGAUUAUUGUACAUAUGAAGGACUCAAUAACAAUCCCUGGGUAAUAUCUGUAGCAGGCAUUGCUUACGAUCUGUCUAAGUUGACAUCAGGAGAGCAGUGUUGUUCAAUGUUCAUAUCAGCUUUCACGAAAGAGGAGGGGGAUCAUAUUCAUCAGAUUAAAACAACAGAUGGACUGAAUGGGAGUACACCAUACUUUGGAAGAAAUUCAGCAGCUGUUCCUAUGGUAUCUGGAGCAAUUGCAUUAUUGCUACAAGCGAAUCAAAACGUAGGGUACAGAGAUGUUAUGCAUCUUCUUGUUAAGACAGCCAAUUCAAAUCUACCUUUCCAUCCUGAUGAUUUUGUUUUAAAUGGAGCUGGUUUAAAAACUUCUGUUACCUUUGGUUUUGGACUGUUGGAUAUUGGACGUCUUGUUCAGGAAAGUCGGGAGUGGCAAAAUGUACCUAAAGAGAUUUAUUGUGAAAACAUCUUCAACCAGGAGCAAAUUCCUCAAACACUAAACGAUCGCAUUCAGAUGAGUGUAUCUCCAUCUUAUUGUGGUAUAGAAGAACUUGAACAUGUAACAAUAUAUCUUAACGUUUCUUCAAACCGGGCUGGUUUUCUUGAGAUAACUUUAACAUCUCCUUGUGGAACCAAUACUACAAUCAUACCUGGACGGCAUAUAGACUACAGAAAAGUUUUAACCAUAAAUGUGACGUCAGUGCAGUUCUGGGGAGAAAAUCCAAGUGGCAUGUGGAUACUCCAAGUCAAUGAUAUUGUGCCUGUUAAUGGUAUACUCUUUUCUUGGCAUAUCCACAUGAUAGGAAUGGCAAGCGUUCGGAAAUUAUAUAGUGGCCAAAAAUGCAACUCAUAUUACGAAGAAACAACUAGUGCAUCUUUAACAAAAAAUAUAACGUUUGGAAAUGGAAUUGGAUCAACCGUGAGUGGUACAAAAUCUACUGCUGAACGGCAAACUGGUACUUCGUUUUCAACAAACCUGUUAUUAAGUUCAUAUCUCUCUACAGCUGUAACACAUUUGCCGAAUAAGUCUGCUGAUUAUACAACAAUCAGCACUACGAAAAAGCAAAACAGUGACAAUCUAGUUUUCAUAAUUCCGUUGAUAAUACUCUGUGUAAUUUUGAUAAUUUUUCUUGUCCUUUUAGUCCUUUAUAAAUUAAGAAAGAAAAAAUCUUUUUCGUUAAAAAUGCAUGAAAUUCGAUAA